GGACUUUAACCAACCUCUCACCAUCGCCCGGCAGUGAAUCAUUCAUGAGGAAGGCAGCAUCGGGACUCUCACACCUGCUGCUGGACUGAAUAACGUUGGCUUAGUGCAGGCAAACAUCAGACAUGGAUCAUAUAAUUACAGCUGAGAUAUCUCCAGGCAGUAAGGCCUCUGUGGUGGAUCUCUCUCCUGGCGACCUGAUCCUUGGUAUUAACGGCAUCUCCACAGCAAACAUGAUGCACUGCGAUGCUCAGAGUCAGAUCAAGCAGGCCUCACACCAGCUCACCCUAACCGUUCAGAGACCAGAGACCAAAUUGUGGUCACCUUAUGUAAAUGAAGAUGGUAGAGCACACCCAUUCAAAGUCAACCUGGAGGCGAAACAACAGGAGUACAGACCAAUAGGUGUGGGCCAUAACCGGAGGGCUGCACCUUUUGUGGCGGCGGCCAACAUCGACGACAAGCGACAAGUGGUCAGCUCUGCCUACAACUCCCCUAUCAGUCUUUAUUCUACAGGCAAUAUCCAGGAUGCUCUACACGGUCAGCUGAAGGGACUGAUCCACAACAAACCAGAGAGUCCCAGUACUCCUACCAGUCCCAGGACUUUAACCUGUAUAGAGGAGUCGGAUGUGUACCGCAUGCUGCAGAAAGAAGAGGGUGAGGAUGAGCCUCACGAACCUCGCCAAUCAGGAUCCUUCAAAGCCCUCCAAGACUUCAUCAACAAUGAAGAAACUCGUCCAGUCAUCACAAGGAUGGUGAAAGCGCCAACCACUAAGACCCUCUCACCUGGAGGUAACCUCCACAAACUGCCCAUGUGUGACAAAUGCGGCAACGGCAUAGUUGGGACGGUGGUGAAAGUUCGGGAGAAGUAUCGGCACCCUGACUGUUUUGUCUGCUCAGACUGUGAGGAGAACCUGAAGCAGAAAGGCUAUUAUUUCAUAGAUGAUGAGAUCUACUGCGAAACUCAUGCACACACUCGCUCCAAACCUCCUGAAUCUCAGGAUUUGUAAAGCCAUGUUUACUUAUUGUUAAAAUGAAAAGGAUUGUGAUUAAUUUGACAUUACCUGGAUUUCUGUGGUCUAAUCUUGAUCAAAGUCAUAAUAACAGAAACAUAAUUCAUGGUCAAGGCUGAUAAAGUAUUUAAACACUUGUAGAACUUCCUUUUGUAGCAAUAACGUUUCCUGAAGUUGCUGAUUAGAUUAAGAGGAAUUUUAGAAUUUCCUGCAUAAACUCUCCCAUUAUGGGCUCUAGUCAACAUCCUAAAUGAAUUAGCAUCUGGACCCAUUGGCAACAUUUCGUCUUUUUAUAUAACAUAUUUCUACUGUUGAUGUACUACUGUAUUUGUUCACUGACUCAAUGCAUCAUUAGUUUCUAUUAAGUUUUAGGUGACAGUUUCUGCAUAAAACUAUUAAAGUGUGCAAGCUGUGUAUGCACUGAAUCCACAUAUCAUGAUGCACCCUUCACUAUGUUUCAAAGUUCACUUUGAGGAUAGCAUUGUGAAUUUUUAACUUAAUCUCUUUUUAUUUAUCCUCAUAACUAUACCCUAGAAUCAGUGUGGAACAUCCAGUUGACCUUAACUCACACUUUUGAAGAAGUGGUUUUCUAGGCAAUGUCCUUCAAUUAAUUAUUUAGUUUGGUAUUUUUCUUAUAGUUUCAAAAACAUCUGCAGGUUUUUGGUUUCUUUUUCUUCUCACACAUCACUGGCAGUCUCUUGUUACAAUGAGACACAUUCACCCACCUCCACUUUCCUCUGACCAAUGUGUUUAACAGAGAAAUACCAUAAAAUACCAUAGCUGAUGUGAGUUUAGAUACACUGUGUUUGUCUAUUAUUAUGACCCCAAUAAAGAUCAGGGAACAGUU